CCCGUUUGUUUCUCAGUCGAUGUUCCGUCUCUCACUGUACUACACGUAAGCUCACAAGUUCAAUUUUGUCGUUGCAAACCCACUGUGCAAACUGUUUUAUUUUACAGCAUUUUUGAAGAGGUUUUAGCAGAUCUCUCGACUGUUAGGAGCAAGCCAUCAUCAUGAUGGCCUUGUCUUCUCAAGGGCCCGAUCUUCGGUUCCGAGUAAAGUUGACUCUGUUCUUCAUCACCGUGGGUUCACUCAGUCCCGUACUGGCCAGUUUCAUCCGUUUCAAACCAGACACUGAGUACAUCUACGCCUUCCACUCCUCCACGGAACUGAAGAGUGUUCGAACGCUGCAUGCCGAGUCUAAGAUUGGCUUUGUGUUGGUGAAAAAGUCAAACCAGAGCAGUGGGAGCCAGGAGAUAUACCUGCGUGUUCACUCAGCAGCUGCAGCCAGCGAGGGCAAACAAGUGCUUCUGCACGAGGAGAGAGAUUUUAGCAAGUGGUUCUCCUUUGACAUCAACGAGAACGGAGCAAUUGGUCAGGUAUUCCACCCGCGUGAUGAGGACAAUCACGUGAUAGAGGCCAAGAAAGGUCUGGUCAGCCUGUUAGGUGGUAACCUGCAACAUCCUCCUGAAGAGAAGGUACGGUAGGAACUAAAACGGAACAUUAUGAUUAUUACUAUGAUUACAAUGUAGUGACAAGUUUUCCAGUUCAGAGCGCUUAAUGUUUGAAUUUGUUUGAAACAAGUUUGGAAACUUUCUGUUUUUAGUGAUUCUGACCUGAAUUAUUUCCCCUGGUUUAGCUCUAAUAUUUGUUUAGAAGAUAAGCUCAGUUAAUCGAUAUUUUUGAUAAAUAUGCCACACAAAACGCAAUUGACGAAAACCAAAGCAUACGGCGAAAACACAUAAGCAGGGCAUGGAAUCUACCGCCAGCUCUUCAAAACGCAUCAAAUUCUCCAGUGAAAGCAAUAACAUAAGAAUUUUAGGACUAUAG